AAAUCAAGUUGAGCGGAAUGUUCGUUAUGGGUGGUUACUUUCUGACUGACUGAGGUUGUUCGUUUCUUUCAAACAAGUUAUUGGAUUUCAUUUGUUUGCUAAACGUCUCUCAGUAACAUCGACAUUCUUGCUUCAUAUUUACGAAUGUCUCUAAAUUUCCCGAUUGAAAAUCUCUUUGAAUGGGUAUAUUCUAUUGCACUGUACUGUGUAAUUUUUUAAAACCUUUUUUUUCUUUUCUAGUUGAGGACUUUUAACAUAGCAACAAAUGUUUAUUCUAUACAUAAUGUUACGGAUGGGAUUGUAUUAGGUAAAGUUUUGCAUACCAUGUAAGUAUUAUUUUAUGUGAUACUGAUUAGUCACAAUAGUGACUGAUUUAUUGUUUUUGUAGUCCUUCAGUAGUGAUUGAAUUCUAUUGAUUAAUUCGGAAUGUAGCCACUCAUUUAUGCAACUUUACAUUGUGUGCACUAUGUUGCGAUAUCAGGUGACUUAAGGUAGACGGCAGGAAAUCCUGAACCUAUGUUUCGUGUUAAUUAAAACAAUAAUAAUGAAUACCUAUAAUUUUUUUGAAACUUUCGACCCAUGGUAUAUACAAAUUCACACCACCUAUCAUUCUCCAGUGGUAAUGCCUCAAACCAUGGGUCUUGGCGAUACGAGUUUGAACUCCAUGUGGAGCGCCUGUUCCUUCAUAAUUGCAAGUAUAUCUUGCUUCCAAGUGUCAGCUAGCACGAGAUUUAGGUCAGGUAGGGUUUGCUACCGACUAGCUUCAACAGUUUAAUAGUAGUAAUGUAUAUUUUUAUUGUUAAUGUAGAAAUGACUUUUGAUUAUUAACACAAUUUCCAAUAACUGUAAAGCGUCAUGAAUUCAUAUUUAUUUGGCAGCUUAGUAUUUUCGUAACUUUCGAGUCACAUUCCAUUAUAAUUACAGAAAAAAAAGACAGAAUUGUUGCUCAAAUGAGAAAAGCUUUUGGUUUUAAAGCAUUGUAUCUUUGCACAUAUAUACACAUGUUUGGUGAUCUGGAUAAUUGACUGUUAACUAUAGAACUAAGACGAUAGUUUGUGAAGAAAUAAUGGUAUGGUUGGGCUAAUACAGCCAACCAAUAAACGAAUAAGAACAGUUAUUGAUAGGAAAAGUAGUUCAGCUAGAAUUACAGCCAAGAAAAAAAAUUCAGUUAAGGAAGCUCAAUUUUUGUGAAAAACGUAAUGGUAAGUUACAUUAGUACUAUGUCUCAAUUCAUUGAAUUGCACUAUCUCUAGAACCCCGACCAUAGAGUCGUUAUGGGACAACAUGAGCCAGUUUUACACAGCUAUAUUUGAUUCCGUGAAGUCAUACCAUUGACUGACCAUUUUUGAGUUUUGAGUACUAAGUCCUCGAAGUUCGAAAAUGACGUAAAUUGUGGAAGGUUCUUAAUAAUAUUCAUUAAAUAUAUUAUUCAAACCACUGAAGUCAAUGUUUUGUAAAUGGUGUUAUCAGUGUAAAUACUGCCACUUCAUCCGAAUACAUAUUUUUGGAUCUGGACUUCUGUGACAACGAUCAUUGAAUAGAGUGAGUUUCUGAGCAUCCUUACAUUGAAUAAGCCUGGUCUCACUUAUAUUAAGAGGAGUUAGAUGCAAUGUUGUGUUGUUGGACGCGUCUUUUACAGCUCGAAUAACGUCAAGACAACGCCAAAGAUGUAUGAGACCAAAAUAAACCCAUUCUGGCUUUCAUUAUACACGGAGUAGACUUAGAGUACGUUGUCUUGGAACAACGAUUUUUCAAAUCUCCUAGAUGAAAAUCAUCUGAAUACACCAACCCUGUUUGAAAGCUUGACAUUCACUGUUCAUUGUCACACUUUACUGAGAAUACUCGGAAACUCAUCCAGCCUGGCUCCGAUCACAAUAAUGAGCGGAGACAGCCCAAAAGAAGGUUGACCAAAAGCCAGCGUAAAGAUUGUGUAAAGUGGAGGGUAGUGAAAUCAGAAGAGAUUCGAUGGCAGCAGCAAAAUUAUCGAGGAAAUGAAUAUUAAAACUAGCUGUUAGUGUGACUAUUUCGGAAAAAAACGGGAUCAUUAUUCACUCUCAGUCCAGUUAAUUUAACUGAUGAACGGGAUAAUUUAGGGGACAGUUCAACUGGCCUUCAGUAACCCAAGCAACCUGGGUUUGAAACUUAUGUAAGUGCUUCAACUCUUAGUGUGAUUGAAAAGGCUAUAAACAAUCGAAAGCGGGAGAGAGCAGCAUAGUCUGAUGGACUAACCUUUGAGAUUUUAAAGGAUGGUGGUCCAAUUUUAGCAGUUAGAUCAACUGAAAUCUUGUACGGAAUAUGACUACUGGGUGUAAUCCCAUUUGGCUGGUCUCGAUUUCUGACCUUCCCAGUUUACAUAGACGGACAGUAAUCCUAUUAUGACGAUCACAAAGGAAUCAGGUUAACUAAUUUAUUAUCGAAAAAAUUGACCUCAAUAAUACUUCGACGUCUAACUAGAGAUCGCGAAGAGCCAAUCCCAGAAAUCCAGACUGGUCUCAGAUCUGGAUGUGUAUGCGUAGACCGAAUAUGCGCCCUUCGGCGGGUUCUAGGACGUAAACACACUCUUCGACGUCCGACGAAAGUUGUAUUUUCUGAUCUUAAGGAAAUGUUCGACUGUGUUGAUUGUGAGAUGAUAUGGCGGUAUCUGUCAUUGAAGGGCGUACCAAACAAGUAUGCUAACCUUGUACAGGCUCUCUACUCGAACACUUCUGGUCAAGUCUGAGCUUAUGGCGAACUGUCGUCCAGCCUGGUUUCUGUCAAUGGUGUUUCUUGGGCUAUCCGCUUUUCACAUUUUUAUUUAACUCUGUCAUAUACUUGCUUUUAAAGAUAACACUUUCAUCGUCUAACUUUUUAGGGAUUGAUCUUGUACUAAGCGAUUCACUUGGUGACUUAGAAUAUUUCUUUUUGGUGAAGAUAGUGACAAAAUGAAUAGUCCUCUGACGACCCUUAAGCAACCAUGCAAACAUUGGGGGUUCUGUUCUUCCAAAAUCCAUAUAGAAUAGUGAUGAUAAUGUAGAAUAAGGUUAUUUUCAUGAUUCCCAUCGUUAAAGGUUUAUUUAACCGAACAAAAAGAGACUCAAAAAAUCAUCUGGAUGGUAGAAUUAAUAAAGCUGAUCACCCUUAAGGCCACUAUGAGUCACUGUGGCCUGUUGUGGUCGGUCUAAAACUUAUGAAGGUAGAACUGAAUUACCUUGAUGGACAGCCAAAGGUGUACUGAAACUUUAUAUGGCCAUUUUGAAACCUAUGUAGCGUCAACGGUCAUUGGUGAUGUUCAGCGCUUGUUAUAUUUGAUACACUACUGCAGGAGUAAAGUGAAUGCAGUCAUCGAAUGAUGUGUUAAGAUGAACACUUGUGCUAGUUAUCGGAAAGCUGGAGGAAUUUUAAAACGGUUGUUUAGACAAUCACAUGUAGUCGCUCGAGAAACAUUACAAAUCUUGUUUAAUGCUGUCUUAGGCAAAGACAUAUAACUAGUGAAUGCAGAUUGACAAGGCUUUGUAACGUUGAUAGGUGUUCAAAGAGACAGCAUUGUCUGUUACAUAAUAAAUCACCAGUCACUAGCUCGAAUAAUAAAUCUGGCACAGAGAAGCGUUGUAGAUUUACUCACUCUGUUGUGAGACAGUUACUCACUGAAAACAAUGAUGGACGAUCGCGUAAUAUCGUGGAUUGGUUGAAGUUAAACAUUAACAUGGUUGAAUAUGGGCUCAGUGGUCUAGAGGUUAAGCAUUCGCGUGUGACAUCGAAGGUUCUGGUUUGAGACUCAUGUGUGAAAUCGUGGAUGCGCACUGCUAAGGAGUCCCAUUCUAGGACGAAACGGCCGUCGAGGGUCUCAUUGGUGAUCUAGCAUUUAUCCAUUUAUGAUAUCAAUCUAAGUUUCCCAUUUGAUGAAUAAUCAAUCAACUAGCAAUAAAUCGUUUCAUAAUGUUCGAACUGAUUACGUUCAUCUACUUCUGUCCUAAAUAACAGAUCGGUUAGUAUUAAUUUAAUCCAAAGAUAUAUCAAGUUCAUAAUGAACUAUUUCUAUCAACAAUGUUAUUAUUAUCAUCAUCACAACCAUAGUACUGAACUUCCGUUUAUUUGUAUUUUGGAUUAUUCUACUACACUUUUACUUAUACGAGCACGCACAAACUUUUAAUAAAGUUAUUAAAAGUAUUAAUUUGAUAUUCAGAUCACAUUCAUUAUUCAUUACAAGUGAACAUAGAGUUAAUGCUGUAUUGAUUUUAUUUUUGGUAAGCAGUUCACUUGGGCUUUUUUUUAAAAAAAGAAAAUUAUCAUGUCUUCAAAUUAUCUAGAGUUGCCAUAGUUACGUAUUGAGUGUAUGUGUGUGUGUGUGUGUAACUAUGUGAACGUAAAACGUUACAAUGACAAUUAACAUUUAUACAGCAGUAUACACAUAUUAUUUGUUAAAGUCUUUAUAAAAUACGGAUUAAAUUAAAAAGAGACUUGUGAAAUGAAUGGUUAUGCUAUAUUUAGAUUGUGUAUAGUAGUAGAUCUGCGAUGUCAAUGUUUAAAGUCGUCGACUUUUAACCUCCAAGCUGCGGAUUCAAACUCCACUCUGCGUACAUCGGUAUAGUUAUCAGGGUAGUAUCAUCAACCUUCACACUUCGGAUGUGGCUCACACCUAAUUUCCAGUUAAAGUUCAGUCUCUAACACUUUGAAAGCCAGUACGUUAUCCACUAAGCUACUGAGUCCAGAUAGCCACUAGUGUGAAUUUAUUCGUAAUGGUUAAUACUUUCCAGAUGGUCGAGACUGGAAUUAAAUGUCAGAACAGCUAAGUGAGUACGUCUCAGACUGUAAAAGUGGAUGACUCAUAUUAGAGUCACACACGUUUCAUCAGUUUCUACAAGGUUAAAAGUAUGUCUUGCUGAUGAACACCAACUGGCGCGAAAUGUUGUUCAAACAGGUCUUUCCACCAAGAAUAUCUAAUUAUCUAACAUCAAAACAUAACCCAUACGAUGUUGAGUCAUUUAGAUUAGUGGCUACAUCGCAUUGAACAAACUUAAAACUGCCGUUACUCAAUGAUCAAUCAAUUUUAAUCGGUUGGUCAAUGACAGUAUUUUUCAUGUGUUUUUUUAAUAAAUGAUGUCUGAUUCCUAUGAUCAUAGGAAUUUCAAAUUGUCCUAAUUUUUUCUUAUAUUUUCUGUUUCAUUUCAGUGCUCCAAAUCAUUUCACUGAUGAAUGGUUGCAAAAAUUAAAUUAUGAUGCUGAAAUCAAUUGGAGGCUGAAGGUCAGUAAUCUUAAGAAGAUAUUGAAAGCUGUUAUUGAAUUUCUAAAUGAGGGAAUUGAAGAUAGAAUAUCUGUUCAAUGCCUUCCAAAUCUACAAGAAAUUGCUGAACAUGAAAAUGAAGAGUCGACAUUUCGUUUAUUACAAUUAAUACUUGCAUGCGCUGUAAAUUGUGAUAAUAAACAAACUUAUAUUCAAACAAUUAUGGGGAUGGAAGAAACUGUGCAACAAGCUAUAAUGGAAGCGAUUCAACAAUUAAUGUCAACUCGUUUAAGUAUGAGUGAUACUAUGGAUUAUGAAGAUCGUUUAUGUAAGACAGUGGAACAAUGCAAAGCAUUAUUAAUAGAAAAAGAGAAAUUGGCUGAACAGUGUAAAAAUCUUCAGCAAGAAGUAUUAAAUUUACAAGACGAAAAGUCCCAUCAACAAUCUGAAUUAAAUCGUUUUAAAACUUAUUUCAAUUCAUUGGGUUUAAAUCCAGCGAUAUUGGCAACAACAUCAAUUAAUUCUCAAUCAUCUCCAACAUCUUCAGUAGUUACAGCUACAACAGGAGUUGAAUCAAUUGAAGGUGACUUAAAUUCAAUCAAUACAGAAUUAUUAAAUCAAUCUGCUAGUUCCAUAUCAGCAAUUACUUGUAGUAAUAAUGUUCUAAUGAGUCCAACUAUAGCUAAUUUACGCAUAAACCAUUUACAAAAUCAAUUAAGUAAAUUACGUGAUGAAUUGUAUAGAACUGAGUGUGAUAAAGAAGAAUUAAAAAUUCAAUUAACCGAAGUUACUGCACAAAAUCUUGAAUUAAAACAAAAAUGUACCAUUUUAACGGCAAAAGCAGAAGAAAGUAUUCAUUUAAAAGAUGAAUUAGAUAUUGCUCGUGAAGAAGCAUCUAAUAUAUUACGUUUAUCUACAACUAUUGAACAAUUACGUAAACAUGCUGAUGAAGUAGUUAGUUUACGUUUACGUUGUUCACAAUUAGAAAAUGAUAAUCAAAUUUGUGUACAACGUUUAACUGAAUUAGAACAAGAAACACGUUUAGAUGGGAAUAUACGAUCAAAAGUAAAAGCUCAAGCACGUUUACAAAUAGAAGAUGCACAAUUCUUAGCAAAUGAAGCAAUAAAACGUGCUGAAUUAGCUGAACAAAAUUUAUUAAAAAUUCGACAAGAAUUAAUUAAUGUAAAUCGUGAAAAAGAGUGUAUCUUCUCUGAACUUACUCGUCUUAAAUCUUGUUGUGAAGGUCUUCAAUCAUGUGCACAAGCAUCAAAUUAUGAUACACCAGCAAUGGAAUCACAAAUGUUAAAUUUACAAGAAGAACUAUGUCGUUUACGUACAUCAAUGUAUGUUAGUGAUGUGAAUGUUGGUAACAGUAUGAACGAAGUUGGCGGCAAUACUACUACUAGUACUACUACUACUAUUACGACUGGUAUAUUAGACAAUGAUACUGGUUUUGUUGAUGAUAAUGAUGUUCAUCAUUUCAAUAUGUCUGUAACAUCACAAAACAAACUGAAUACUAAUAAUAAUGAUUGUCAUUCAUUAACUGUCAAUGAUAAUCAUUCUACCAGUACACAUAAUUUACAAACAUCAUCAACAAAUUCUUAUCAUAAUCAUAUUGAUAAAGAUAUGAAUAAUCCAUCUGCUGUCACUACAUUGUUAUAUACAAAUUUAAUGACAAAAUUAACACAAAAAGAAACAGAUUACAUUGAAAUGGAACAAAAAUAUCGUGGUUAUUUAUGGAAAGCACGUGAAGUGAUACGAUUGUUAGAACGUCAAUAUCGACAACAUCAACAUAAUUGUCCACAAUAUAAAGAGAAAAUAAUCAUUGAUAUAAACAAUACUAAUAGUACUGAUGUUAACAACAAUAGUAGAAAUAAUGAUAAAUUAAAUGAAGAAAUUAAUUAUUUACGUAUGUUAUUAGUUGAAAAAGAACGUGUUAUUGAGAAAUUAGAGACUCAUCAUGAACAAAUGAGACGUCAUCAUGAAACUGAAGAACGUAUUCUUUUAACUGCAUGGUAUAAUUUAGUAAUUAAAUCAACUAAAAAUUUAAUUGAAUCCGAUCUAAAACAAAAUUGUCAUAAUUCUUCUCUUGAAAAAUUCAAUAAUUUUCUAUCAUGUUAUAAUACAGAAACUAAUUUAUCAUUUUUAACUCGACAACGUAAUGUUCAUUUAAAACCUCCGACUGAUUUAACUUCAUUAGUGAUGGCAACAAAACAGUAA